UGAUAGCUAUUAUGUAAGCAAAGAUAUUACAAGAGUCUUUCUUAACGAUUAACACAUUAUGUAAAGUUUAUGAACAUUUUAUCAUUUUGUAUGCAUCAAUUAAACAAAAUAUUAUGUAAGUUUUCCAUAAUGAUUAAACACUAUAAAUCUUAUGCAGGGAUAGUCAUUUAUUAUGUAUCACUGACACAAACAAUGACAUGGAACAAAAUGAACGUUUGGACCUUUGUGGGAUCCCACGACAUGGAACAGGGCUCUUUCAAUGGCGAACCGGAAUUGAAGGUUUCUGCAGACUUUAAGGAAAGGUUGUGCGCUCCUUGGAAGAAGACCCUUGUCCUACGCCUCUUAGGAAGGUCAAUGUCAUACGCCCACUUGUGCUCACAGCUCCGAUGGAAAUGGCGGCCAUUGGGCAGCUUGGAUAUUAUGGAUCUCAAUAAUCAGACGUUUCUGGCAACCUUCAGCAACGACCAGGAUUACCUCCACACUCUAACUGGAGGACCAUGGACAAUCCUUGACCACUACCUCGUCGUCCACCAAUGGUCUCCAAACUUCCGAACAUCAGACAAGCCUUUCAAAUCGGUGGUAGCCUGGGUUCAACUGCCUGAGCUCCCAUUCCAUUUUUACCACCGAGAAGUCCUGUUCGCACUAGGGAAUCUUCUUGGACACACAAUCAAAAUUGAUUAUCAUACUGAACAAUUUGAACGGGGGAAAUUCACUCGAUUAGCUGUGGAACUUGAUAUGACAAAGCCGCUGGCCACUAGGAUCCGGCUAGACUGGAAAUGGCAACAGGUGGUCUACGAGAACUUACCCCACAUUUGCUUUGAGUGCGGACGGAUUGGUCACACGAUCGACCAAUGCGCCAAGAAGAUGGAUACAAAUGCACGGACAAUAGUGUCGUUGGGGACGUUAUCGAUUUCACGACGGUCGGAGGAAUCAUCGCAGCCACCGGCCGGCUAUGGACCCUGGAUGCAGGUGACGCGAAAGGCACGCAAACCAACUAGGAAAGCCUUCGGGAAUCCUGCUAAGCAGACGGGAGAUCAGCAAGGGAAAGGUGGAAACCCAGAGCGACUAACGCCGAAAAACUCUCACCAUGGGAAAGCUGAUCUUGCAACAGUUUCGAAUGAAGGAAAAGGAAAGAACUUAAAGCUAGAGCAAAAGAAGGAAGGGGAUGAUACUCUGAAUUCAAAAUCAGUCGAGAGGAAUGAGGAAGGGGCUAAGGGACCCAUAAAACAUACCGCAUAAUUAAAAUGGCGGCCAGUUGGGCCGAAGAAGGGGGACUCCAAUUCCCAAGCCCAAUUUAGUGAGGCUUCCACUAGCUUAGUUGGGCUUAAAGAGAAUGACUCUCCUCUACAUCCUGGUACAGCUAUGGCCAACCCACUCAUCUCGGGCUUGGUUGCUAGCUCAGAUCAACAACGAAACGCUCUGACAGAAGCAACCAAAGUUAUCCCCUCCAUCCGGCAUUGACAUCACAAACGGAGUUCCGAGAAAUCUGGUACGAGAAGAAAGAAGAAUGGAUUCAAACUCAAAGUGGGGGUGAAGAAAACUACUCAAUCCAGUCCCAAAACGAAACGUGAAUUGAAACAGAGAGUGACAUCUCCUUCAUUUCCAAUUACACACCAAGCAAUUGAGGAUUUCCUGGCGCAGUCACAACAAAAAAGAGAUGGAUUCCAGAACAAACCCAACGGACGCGAGGCUGAUGAGGCGAUGGAGGACAAUGUGGAAUCUCCCCAAGUUCCGCCGGCAACCGAAGAUGCUGCGAACCCCGUCCGAAGACUUUAGCGGGAUAAUCCAUCCUGGCUGUUCCUCCCUCUCCUCCUCAAUUUAUUUUUUAUGUUUUCCAUCUUCUGCUGGAACUGUCGUGGUGCCAAAAGCACCAAAUUUCUUGCUGCUUUCAAAGAUUAUAUGCGUUUUCACCAUCCAAAUGUUGUCGUCAUAGUUGAACCACGAAUUAGUGGCAAAGAUGCGGAAGAAGUCAUUCGUCGGAUGGGUUUUGACAAGUUUGAGGUGGUUGACGCGGUAGGGUUCUCGGGAGGAAUUUGGGUCCUCUGGAACACCUCAGAUGUCACCAUCUCCAUUUUGGACUCCGAACCUCAAUUCAUUCAUUUUCGUUGUAUUGAUUUGCAGGAUAAUCAGUCAGUGCUUAUGACAUCAGUUUAUGCUAAACCAAAUGACCAUGACUGGGCACCUCUCUAGAAAGCGAUUCAUAGACUGAACCGAGGUAUAACAGAACCGUGGAUCCUUGCAGGAGACUUUAAUUCAAUCCGCAAUUCUGCAGAGCGACAAGGUGGAGCCCCUUACAAUCCGCAUCGGGCAGCGAAUUUCAACAGAUGCAUUGAAACGUGCGGCCUUGUUGAUGUAGGUUUCUCCGGUCCAAGGUUCACUUGGACGAAGGGAACUCUGUCACAACGAAUUGACCGUGCUAUUUGUAAUCAAGAAUGGAUCAAGCA